AUGUGCCAACUCCCUCAUGGCGUCUGGAGCUGCGCUCCCGCCGACCGGAUCGCACUCUCUAGCUUCGCCAACAAUCUUGACGCGGCGAUCAACGGGUGGCCAGGCGCGGAGAUCUACUCCGGCGACUGUUGCCGCUGGAUCGGGGUCCGUUGCCACCGGUUCGGGGCAUAUGAUGGGCUCCGGGUGGUCAGCCUGGACCUCGCCGGCCGGGGCUUUGCUGGCGCCCUGCCGGGCACGCUGGCUCGCAUGGACGAGCUGCGCGUCCUCAACCUCUCCCGGAACUCAAUCCAUGGCGCCGUGCCGCCGGAGCUCCUGCGCAUGCCGCGGCUGCGGGUGCUGGACCUCAGCGAUAACAACCUCACCGGCGAGCUCGGCGGCGCGAAGCCGGCGCCGCCGGAUGCCUCCAGGCUCGUGCACCUCGACAUCUCCCUCAACAACCUAACGAGCCUGCGGGCCGGCGUGUUUCGCGGGCUUCCACGGCUGCGAAGGUUCUCGGCCGAGUCCAACCGGCUUACCGGAGUCGUGCCCAGCUCGCUGUCGGCGUGCUCGGAGCUCGAGUACCUGAACAUGGCGAACAACUCCCUGCACGGCACUCUCGGUUUGAACUUCUCGCGCCUGACGAGGCUCCGCGCCCUCCAUCUCGGCUGGAACCGGCUGAGCGGCCACCUCCCGGCGAGCCUCUCGCGAUGCCGGGAACUCAGGGUGCUCAACCUCCGCCGCAACAACUUCUCCGGGCCGGUCCCGUCAGCUUUCCGGCGCCUGCAGGCGCUGUCCUUCUUCAACAUCGGCAUCAACCGCGUCGCCGGCAUAGCGCAGGCGCUCCGGACGCUCCAGGAGUGCCGCGCCCUCGCCGUCCUAAUCCUCACCAGCAGCUUCCACGGCGAGGAGAUGCCCGCCGCCGCCGCCGGCAUCCGGGGGUUCCCAAGCCUGCGGCUGCUCGGCAUCGCCAACUGCGCGCUCCGCGGCGCCGUGCCGCCGUGGCUGCGCGCCAGCGCCCGCCUGAGCGUGCUGGACCUGUCGUGGAACCGGCUGGCCGGCGAGAUCCCGCCGUGGCUCGGCGGCUUCGACUCGCUCUACCGGAUCGACCUCUCGAACAACGCGCUGACCGGGGAGAUCCCGCUCUCCCUGGCGCGCCUGAGGUCGCUCGCCGGCGACGACGCCCCGUGCGCGCAGGUGUCCAUGUCCGAGUACGGCGUGCUGCUGUACAACUGGCACGUCGACCGGGGUCAGCUCUGGUACGACCGCUACAUCCCGCCGUCGCUGGACCUGAGCGGGAACGACCUGACCGGCGUUAUCCCGCCGGAGAUCGGCGGCCUCCGGGCACUGAAGAUUCUGAACCUGAGCUGGAACGCGCUGUCCGGGCCGAUCCCGGCGACGCUGGCGACCCUGAGCGCCCUUGAGACGCUUGACCUGUCGAACAACGAGCUCGCCGGAGAGAUGCCGGCGUCGCUCGCGAGGCUGACCUUCCUGUCGUGCUUCGACGUCUCCUACAACAGGCUGCGUGGCCUGGUCCCCGUCGGUGGCCAGUUCUCCACGUUCCCCUGCUCCAGCUUCGCCGGCAACCCUGGCCUUCACGGCGAGUACUGUGACGGCAACGGCGUGGUCGGACCGCCCGAGCAUGAUGGGAGUUUCCUCGCCGUUGGAAGCCAGAUGUUUGGGUUGCCGUUCUGGCUCGGGACGAUCUUCGGCCUCUGUGCCACCUGUUUGUUCAUGUUGUUGCGCUAG